AGAGCUCACAGGGCAACAUGGCUGCUGUAGGCAGCUUAGCGAACAACUUGAUUGAGCUGUGGAAAUGUCCUUACACGCGUACUUAUUUACCUCAUCUAUUCCUUUUUAUUUCCGUUUUAGGAUCACUUUUAAAGCAUUUGGAGCUUGUGUCGCAGAGCUACUUCAGUAACAGCAGAAACGUUUUAAAUGUAUAUUUUGUAAAGGUUUCUUGGGGAUGGACCCUUGUUUUACUCCUGCCAUUCGUUUAUAUCUCCAACUCUUGCAAGAGAAGCCGGGCGUUUGUGCUGAAGCGGCUGACGUCACUUCUGGUGGCCACCCUCAUCUGGUACACCUGCACCGAGACCUUCUUCUACAUUGAAGAUGUUACAGGUGCAUGCUACGAGUCAAAUACCAUGCAGGUCAUACUUGGUGACAUAACUACAAAGGCAGCAUGCAAGAAGGCCGGAUUCAUAUGGGAUGGCUUUGACAUAUCCGGACACUCUUUCAUUCUGUCUUACUCUGCUCUCGCCAUUGUGGAAGAAAUGGUGGCCAUGUUACAAAUACCAAAUUCUCACAGAAACGCUUUUCUUGAUUGCCUUUAUAUAGCACUUAAUGUGAUCGUGGCUAUCUGGUUAUGGAUGUUCGCAUGUACGUCCGUAUAUUUCCAUCAUUUCAUUGACAAGUUUCUGGGGACCUCAGUUGGAGUAUUGGGGUGGUAUGUGACCUAUGUUGUUUGGUACCCGAAGUGUUCUUUACCAGGUCUCCCUCCACAGCCAAAUGAGCAAAAACAACAUGCUUAGUGUGAGAACUGAGUUACAUAUCUAAACCAUGCCUUAAUUUAUACUAACCCAGUUAUACCCCAAACGUCACACAUCUGCAUUGUUUGUGCUUUCUGUCGGGCUGAAAGUAACCAUGGGUCUGCCUGUGUGAGGUCGUAGGCAGCUGGUGUUCCUAAAAUGACAAUCUAACAUGAGAGAGGUCACAGAUCCUUGUUGUCUUCAAAAGUUCAGUGGAUCUACACACACAUUUUUCCUGAACAUUAGUUUGUUAACUUGUAUAAUCAAACCUGCAAUCAUCAGCUUAGCUGCCUUGACAUUUUAUGGCUGAGAAUGUUUCUUUUGGCACAAAUAUGUAUUUAUAAUUUAUUUUAUUAAUUUUUAACAAAAACAUGUCCUUAUCGGACACAUUUUUUGUAAUAAUAAUUCAUGUGUUCAACAAUUUUGUUCCAUAUUUCGCCAUAUGCCACACUCUUGUAUUACGUUUUAUCAAGAAAAUUCUUUGUGAUUUUAUGUUUUAUCAAUCUAGCCAAACUGUUCAAUCAUAAUGUAGGUGCCAUUCGUAAAGGGAUAGUUUUCUGUCAUCAUUUAUUCACCCUCAUAUCAAUUAAAACCUGACUCUGUAUAUGACAAAAGAAGGUAUUUUAAGAAAUUUCCAUACAAUGGGGGCCAAUGUUGGUUGGUUACCAAAGUUCUUCCAAAUAUCUUCUUUUGUGUUUAGCAGGAGCUACUGUAUGGAACGACACAAGUUAGUGAGUGAAUGUUUGUGUGGGGAUGGGUGAGUAAAUGAUGAAAGAAUUUUAGCAUAAAGUAAAUUUAAAUUAGUAUAAAUAGUAAAUAAUGUCUGUAUGUUGUUAUUGUCACUUUAGUAGUAAAAGGCUUGAUUAUUUUAGAUCUUUAGAUUUUGGAAGAUGUUCUCAUGAGACAAUACUGUAUGGGACCUGAAAAAAACUGGAUUAUUUGAGAACAAUGUAACUUUUACUUGCAUGCUAGAUUCUGGGUGUAUAGCUGCUUAUUAGUAUUUCUUACAGGUUUGAUGUUCUUUGUAAAACUGGAGAGUGGGAACAUGCUGCUUAUGGAGGGAACAUCCAUUAUUCAUUUGUAAUUUUGGUCUCUAUUAUUCGAUAACACUAUUCUUGCAACAUUGUAACAGAGAAUGGUUCCAAGGGAAGCAAAAGUCAAGAGAGUUACAAUCGUUUUGUUGUUAUGUUCCUCAUAUUAACAAAAUGUCAUGACAGAAUACAGUUUGUAGCUCUUGAAUAAACUGUUUGAU